UCCUGUAUUUACAAUCCUGUUUGCAGCCAAAACAAUAUCGUCGAUGUGACGCCAAGUCUGGAAAAAGUGAAUCGGAACUGCGCGAGCUCCAAAGAAGUCGAGGAAACGCAGAGUGGUUCCGCUAGUUACCCGAAUCGUCUAGCAGCUGGUGGUUCCACCACCUGUGCCGCUGAAGAAGGACGAGCAGUUGCUGCCAAGGAACAGAAAAAACAGGAAUUCAAAAAGAAGCAGGAUUCGGGACCGGGUUCUAUGCAAACCGAGCAAAUUAGCGACUUGUCGAGCUAUAAUUAUUCAUGCAAUUCGGAAGCUCCAGCAAUUCCAGCUCGCCGAAGCCGUUUCAGCACGAAAAUGCUUGCGAAACCAGGGCACUGGAAAUGUGGAGAGUCUCAAACAAGCAAACAUCCCGCAAUACUUCCUGAAUUCGGCAACACUGCUGCACCAGAACAGCUAUGCGUCAAGCGACAUUUAAAUGAAGUGUGGAAAAUUGUGCGAAAUGUGAAUGAGUUUGACAAUCUUGUUGCACCGCUCGCUGCUGCUCAUCUUUCAGCGAAGUCGGAUGAAGCAGGACCACAGCAGCGGCAGAAAGGAGGAAGACACGUACGACUGAAAGACGAGCCAGUGGUCCCGAAGAAUCGCCAGAAGACCGAAGCAGCGAGAUACCAUUGA